UUGGCAAAGCCAUCAACAGAAGAAGACCAAAAGGCUGCAUGCUGGGAAGAUGGUCGACACUGAGGAUGCUAACGUCGUUAGUAACAUGGACUGAGAGGACGGGAACCGAGUCGUCUUGCGGCAAAUGACAUCAAUCGUGUUUCCAAGUUUAGAUGCGUCUAAGCUACCAGGUUAAAGUCUCCGUCGAUAGAACACCACCACCCAUCUGGAUAUCCCUCUUCUGCGUUAACAUCAUCUGCCAAACUAACCCUGAUUCAGAUGACCAUCCUACCCAUGCUAGAUUAUGGAGACGUAAUUUAUAGAUCGUCAGGUGUAGUGUGCAGUGCCCCAGCGGUGGACUAGCCUGUGUACUAUGCUGUGGCUGCACUCCGGCCCGGGCCUCCUGAGUUGCGGCAGCAUCAUCAUCCCCUCGCCCCUCUGCCCACGACACGCCCGCCGCCCUAGUGUCCUUUCCCUCGCCGGCAUGUACGCUACCCGCCUGUACAGCUCAGGGGGUGGGGGAGGAGGAGGGGGAAAGCCAGGGCGCCGGCCGGGCCUGGCGGGUAGAGGGCUGCCCAUGCUGGAGAACCACCACCACCCUCUCCCUCCACACCACCACCCCCACCACGUGCACACUCCAACCCCCAGCUACCCGCCCCUCUACCAGGGGCGACCUGACCCUCACCGAGGGCCCCAUUUCCACAGUCACCACCACCAGCAGCACUACCACCCGCACCUGGCCCCCCCUCCUCCGCCUCCCCUCAUCCCCCUGUACGCCCAGCUGCACCACCACGCCACUGUUGGUGCCGCUGGCAACAAGAAGAAGACGUGGAACUUCAUCCACGAGAAGAUGAGCUACGACACCUUCUUCACCAUGAAGCGGCUGAUAGAGCGCUCGCGUCGGGGCGACGAGGUGCUGCGCUGGGUGACGCAGAACCCGGGCAAGAUCUCGCACAACCACUACCCCAUCGCCCUGCAGAAGAUCGGCCAGCUACUACAGGCCGGGGCUGCAGGAGGGGGCGGUGGUGACUCGGAGGCAGCCCUGGUUCCCAGAGCCGGUGGAGGAGUGGAGAACGAAGGCAGACAGAUCCUGGAGCAUCAAGACUUCAAGACACUGUGCAACGCCAUCGUGAGCGACUGUGUCAAGUUCGACAACUUCAGCAUCGUCAACUGCCUGUACGCUGUGGCUGCACUAGGCCUUCCCAGCGACUCGCAGGUGGUGCAGGUGCUGGAGGCAGAGUCACAGUCGCGGCUGGACAAGUUCAACCAGAAGGACGUGUCCAUGGUGUUCAGCUCCAGCAUGAAGCUGCACCCCAGCAGCCAGCACCCCCUGACCGAGGCCUGCCUGGCAGGCUUGGAGAAGAACCUGGAGCGGGAGCGCCACCCGCAGACCCUCUUCCUGCUACUCUCCUACUACCGGCUCAAGUGGCACUCGCUGCAACCCACCGACACUACGGCGGCCGGGAACGUCGCCAAUGUACGCCCCAACCCAGAGCAGCUUCUGGUCAACAGGAAGAUCCUGCGACUGGUCAAACACACACUGGCUAGCGUAAGUGGUGUGCGCGACCAGGAGAUGGCGCUGCUGGAUGAGAUGCUGGCUGUUUGUGCACGUGAAGCUGGCAACAAGAGCCUAGAGCUCAUCUUCAGCUCGCACCUCUUCUACCAGAACAGGCAGGAGAGGUUUGUGUGCAGCCUGGCUGAGGAACUGCCUGAAAAAGUGGACAGCAUAACCCCAUUCACCAUGGCCCUCAUUGCCAAAUACAUUGCCCGCCACCGGCUCAGAGAGAUUCGACUUCUUGACACCAUCGCUGAUUUUCUGGUCAAAAAGGGCGAAUACCUGGACAGCAAGGUUAUCCAGAAGCUGGUGUUCCCCUUCAGCCGGAUGAACUACCUGCCGUCCAACAAGGUCCAGUUCUUCUCCAAGCUGGAGAUGGUGCUGGAGCUUAAGGCCCUGAGCUCCCCGCUAGCCACCGUCAAUAUCCUUAUGUCCCUGUUCCAGCUGGGACAUUUUCCCGGCCUGGUGCUGCACAGGGUCUUCUCCACUGCCUUCAUCAGCAACGUCACCAACAGUCCUUAUGCUCUGAUCGUGCUUCGCUACUUGUCUCUGUUGGACGCAGCGGUUGAGCUGGAGUACCAGGACUACACCGGCCCACGGCUCCAAGACACGCACAAGGUGCUCAUGUUUGACCACGCGCUGACCGCUGAUGAGGUCAACCGCAAAUACAGCUACAAGGGUCUUGUUGCUGAAGCCCUCAGACAAUUGGUUGGAGAGCAUGGCUACAAGCAAGAUGAAAUCCUGGCCCCUGGGUAUUACACAGACUUUCUGCUGUGGAUUGAUGGCUCUGGCCAAGUUCUCCCUAUCCGGGCAGGGACCUCGCUAGGUAUGGCCCCAAAAACCCCAGAAGGAUCCGCAGCCGUGACAGCCCUCACUUCAGACUUUCAAAAGUUCUCCCCCUUCGCCCCACUAGAGGUAGGGGGGGACCAGCGACCCGUCGAGGGGGACGAUGCGGUGAACUUUCUGCCCUACCACAUGCAGCGAGGGGCAAACCCUUCCUCGGCCCAGAGGCCGGGCCCUAACGGCGGGGGCCCUCUGGACUACAACCCUUACUACACGUCGGCCGAUUACUACUCCAGCCUGGCCAAGGAGCACUCUUUGGAGAGCCAAGACAGCUCUACGCUCAGCAGCCCUCCCUCAGACAGCCUGGCACAUCCAGGGGCCUCCGGGGUAGGGGGAUCUGCCACGGCUGCCCCCGAUUCCCUCUUCCAGUUCUCCAUUGGGAAAAUCCUGGAGGACGAGGGAGGGGCGCAGGUGGGGCCGGCGAGUCAGGGGCUCCACUGCGAGCUUCCUGCAUUCUAUGAGGCAAACGGGGACGUGAAGCCCACCUCACCACUUCAACUGCACCCGGCUGAUCGAGCUGGGGACCAGCGGCAGCUCAAAAGAGUGGUUAUGUCGGUGAAUGACAAGUGGCACUACUGUCACAACUCCGAGGUGCUGGUGGGCUCCCGGGCCAUGAGAGACCGUCACCUGCUGCUCCUGGGAUACGUCAUCCUGCAGCUGCCGUAUCAUGAGCUGGAGAAGCUGAAUGGUAUAGAGGAGGUGAAGCAGUACCUCCACAAAAAGCUCCUGGAGGUCCCCUUAUGACAACAAAAGACUUGAGUGUGUGUGCGAGUGUGUGCAAUUUUGGGUGCGAAUAGGACGGUUGUUGGUGGGAUUGGGAAAGGGGGCUUUGUUUGUGGUGAAAGACAAACCCUGGUCAAAGUCUAAAACGGACGAGUUUCGGGCAACUUGCGUUUAUCAAAAUGGCGUUAGCCUAUUUGCAACCAGUCACGUCCCCAGUUGAUGGCAUGUGUAGUAUCAGGGUGCCACGCUUGUUGUCAAUGCAAUCUUGUCAUUGUCACUUCACAACGGUUUAAAUCUAAUUGUUAUUGGUUGCGUACACAUCAUUUGUUAAUGUUAUCGCGAGUGUAGCAAAAUGCUUAUGUUUCUAGCUUCAAUAGUACAGUAAUGCCUAAAAAUACAAAAACAAUACACGCAAAUCUAAAAUAAAGGAAUUAAUAAAUAAAUAAAUAUUAUAACGAGCCAUGUCAGUCCGAAACAAAAAAAAUAACCCAUAUAUACAAAAGUAUGUGGACAAAAUGAGUGGAUUUGGCUAUCUCAGCCCCAUCUGUUGCUGAAAGGUGUAUAAAAUUGAGCACACAGUCAUGCAAUCUCCAUAGACAAACAUUGGCAGUAGAAUGGCCUUAGUGAAGAGCUCAGUGACUUUCAAUGUGGCACCGUCAUAGGAUGACACCUUUCCAACAAGUCAGUUCGUCAAAUUUCUGCCCUGCUAAACCUGACCGAGUCAACUGUAAGUGCUGUUAUUGUGAAGUGUAAACAUGUAGGAGCAACAAUGGCUCAGCCGCAAAUUGGUAGGUCACACAAGUUGACAGAACGGGACCGCUGAAGAGCGUAGCGAGUAAAAAUCAUCUGUCCUUGGUUUCAACACUCACUACCGAGUUUCAAACUGCCUCUGGAAACAACGUCAGCACAAGAACUGUUCAUCGGGUGCUUCAUGAAAUGGGUUUCCAUGGCUGAGUAGCCGCACACAAACCUAAGAUCACCAUGCGCAAUGCCAAGCGUUGGCUGGAGUGGUGUAGAGUUUGCUGCCAUUGGACUCUGGAGUACGGGAGUAAUUCUCUGGAGUGAUGAAUCACGCUUCAUCAGUCCGACAGACGAAUCUUGGUUUGGCGGAUGCCAGGAGAACGUUCCCUGCCCCAAUACAUAGUGCCAACUGUAAAGUUUGGUGGAGGAGGAAUAAUGGUCUGUGGGGCGGUUUUUCAUGGUUCGGGCUAGGCCCCUUAGUUCCAGUGGAGGGAAAUCUUAACGCUGAAGCAUACAUUAAAGACGAUUCUGUGCUUCCAACUUUGUGGCAACAAUUUGGGGAAGGCCCUUCCCUAUUUUGACAAUGCCCUCGUGCACAAAGCAAGGUUCAUACAGAAAUGGUUUGCCGAGAUCGGUGUGGAUAGAAUUUGACUGGCCUGCACGGAGCCCUUACCUCAACCCCAUCGAAUAUCUUUGGGAUGAACUGGAACGCCGACUGCGAGCCAGGCCUAAUCACCCAACAUCAGUGUCCAGGGGGGACCAACUCCAUAUUAAUGCCCAUGAUUUUGGAAUGAGAUGUUUAACGGGCAGGUGUCCAUAUACUUUUGGUCAUGUAGUGUAGAAGCUGUUUUUCAGUCUCUUGGUCCCAGCUUUGAUGCACCUGUACUGUCUCCGCCUUCUAGAUGGUAGCGGGGUAAACAGGCCGUGGCUCGGGUGGCUGUAGAUGUCCUGGAGGGCAGGCAGUGUGCCCACGGUGACGCGUGGGCUCACAGCACCACCCUCAGGAAAGCCUUGUGGGUGCGGACGGUGCAGUUGGCGUACUAAGCGGUGAUACAGCCCAACAGGAUGCUCUCAAUGGUAACAUCUGUAGAAGUUAGUAGUUGUCUUAGGGGCCCAAGCCAAAUUUCUUCAGCCUCCUGAGGUUGAAGAGGUGCUGUUGAUCUACAGACUAUUUCUAAUAUAGCGUGACAAAAUAGUUGUGUUCAUUUUAGAUUUUGACCAGCGUAUUUCUAUAGUUCUAGUUUUGGUCAUGGUUUGGUGUGGACGAGUGGGAAGUAAGUUGUUGUUGUUAUUGUGAUAGUCAUACGGAGAUGACAAUAUUCUGGCGGUGUAUGAAAAAAGAAGUCCCUUUUUAAAAAAUGUAUGUUUUAUUGGACUACAGUUGUGACGCAUGUCGGGACUACUUUGGUUGGUUGGGACUGUGUAAUAGGUUCCCCUACGGACGUUAGAACCGCAACUGUUCAUUGGGAUCAAAUGUAACUGGGUGACAUGGGGUUUGAGACUAACAAAUAGGGCCUCUUCAUUGUGUUUUCGAAUCCUUGUGUACAAUGUAUAUAGAUGAAUGGACUGUAGGAUGUAAAUGAGGGAUGAGGAUGGAUAAAUUAAGUUAAUGAAAAAAAGGUGUUAUAUAUUUUUGUCUUCACUAGAAUGGCUUUUCCAGUGUCCAGAACUAAGCAAUGCAUGUUGGAUUCGUCUAUUUUCUACUUGGUCUCUUUGUUUUGUCUUUGGUACUUUACUUAUGCCAUUCAAUGAAUGACUUCAUUCAGAGAGGAAUUUGUGAUUCCUUAAGUGAGUUUCCACCAUUGCGUUGACAAUGAAACAAGUUUUCCAGUGGGGAAUUGCUAGACGCCAGUCUAGUUAAAUUAGAUGUGUUGUCAGUUCCAUAGUACAGUGAGUGUAUUGCUAUGAAAUAGACAAGUGGAUACAGUUAAUCUGAGAACCUUUUUGUUAUCUGUGGCAUUUGAAAUGGAACCCUGACCUAGGUUUCGCAUGAUUGAGGUAAUGCAGUGGUUUGCAUGGACAAAUUGCAAAUUGGUGUUUGAUACUGGACUUGCUGACAAUGACCCAUUUUAUUUCGAGUUUUUGUCUCAAAGCGAUACAAAUAUUUGUAGAGACAGUCCAUUACCUUGUUACACGACCCCAAACACUUGGACUUUGUAAGGUAGGCAGAAUUGGCCUUUUUGGAUUUGUAAUUGUGGUUUCACUCCAGUAUUACUAGGUGUUUUGUCUUUGCUCUCAGUUUAUGUAGCCGAUCAGGAAGACAAUAGGGUAACGCCAAGGCUUUAUAUUUACACUAGAUGACGCUGUGAUGAAGUCACCGUGCCUUCAUCUUGGCACUCCCCAGGCAAAGCUAAAUGCAAUUGUUUUAAGGUCAUACCAAGGAUCAUUUUACUAUUUGAUUGAAGAAAAAGUAAAUUAUUUGAUAGAAAGAAAUUGGGCCUUACUACUAUUAGCCCAUGCAAACGCAUUGUAUAACAUUCACUACAUAAAACAGCUAGCCCCCCCUGAAAAAAAUCUUGUUCUAAAGUGUCUGUCCUUUAUCUGAAAGAUCAGGAUUUUUUGUUUUAAAAAAUGUAUCUAACCCCUUUUUUGGCACUAAACGUGUCCAUAUAUAAUUCCAUAAAUUUGUUCAACUGGUACCAGGGGACCUUCAGGCCAAAACAACCGACAUAUACGUGUUCGUGAGUCAUGUUUCCAUAGAGGGUUCAUAAUAGUAUGUAGGCCAAACUGUUCGGAUGCCACUGACAAUUUUGUGAGAAGAUCGAUUUUCGGGAUGCCUCAUGGUCUUUCACCGCAGAUGUGGAAGUGUGACAUUAGGUGGAUGCGGUGGAUUGAGAUGCAUAAAUAACAGAUUUUUAAUGGGGAUGUUUUUAUUAUGCGGAGUUGUGGACAUCGACCUUACGGGGUUUAUAUUAAUGAAUGCAUUUGUAAGGAUCCAUGGGCUGUUCUGAAUGCUUGUUGCAAGUCUUUACAAAGCACUAUAAAUGCAUUAUGCACAGGUGGUUGAGUGGUUGUAUUUAUUGGUCUCACUCCUGGUACAGGGGAUGUGUGUGUGUGUGGCUGUAUUAUAUCUGGGGAAAGACUAGUUUGGAGAUUUCUAUAUAUAUAUAUAUAUAUAUAUAUAUAAACAAUGUCUGUAUAAAAACAAAAGCAACAUGUCAUUUUUGUUUUGUGAAUUAUGUACAUUUUACAUAAAGACAGUAUGAGCAAUUGUAA